AUGGAUGUGACAAAGCAAUCGUUUAGCCAGCAUCUACCUAGACUACUAAAUGACCUGGCCGAGUCCACUUUCGUUGCCCUAGACCUAGAGUUUUCCGGAAUCGUCGCAAGACAGUCUGGCCCUAAUCCCGGAAGCGAUCUGUGGGGAGAGAAACAAACUCUUCAGGCAAGAUACGAGGAAGUUAAAUAUGCAGCUGAGACCUAUCAGGUGUUGCAAAUUGGCUUGACCUUUGCAAGGGAGGACACGGAGACUGGUCAGAGUGAUCGUGCGCGGUUGACAAAACUUUGGGAUAAGGAAGACUACCUCAACAUCCCGGAACCUUGUCCCCUAGAAAAUGGAAACACAGAAAGCCCAUUAGGAAGCUGGAGGUUCAGUCUAAACAGUUACCAAAAACGCUUGGUACAUCAGCUGGUUCGGGUAGAGUAUCCUUCGCUCGUCUCAAUCGGUCGACAAACAUUCGUACAAAUCAUUCCAUACGACAAACAGCGUGAGGAGAGCAUACGUGUUGAUAAAUCACGAGCUCUUCGAGAGCGGGUUAUCCAAAAAACGGGGUUUCGUUGGGUUGUUGAGGGCAUGGUUGGAGGUGGCCUCUCUGCAAUGGACCCAAGGGUCUUUCUUAGCUGUAUCUCUAAUUCCGCUCCAGUUAACACGAGCACGAGCGCCUUGUUGAGGUACUCUGACGACUUACAGUUGAAAUUAAAAUCAAGGCAGCCUGUGUUGGUUGGGCAUAACUUGUUCACUGACCUCAUUAACUUUUACAAAUGCUUCAUUGGGGACCUUCCGGAUCGCAUCGAAGAUUUCAAGAACGCUAUCCAUGCUUUAUUUCCCCUCGUUAUUGACACGAAAUAUAUGGCAACGCACAAUUGUUCAUCAAUGACACCCUCGUCGUCCCUGACAGAAAUUAACGACAAACUGGAGCAGAGGAGGACUCCAAGAAUACUUCUCGAUCCAGAACAUGAUAAAUAUGUUGACGAAAAGCCACUCCACGAAGCAGGUUACGAUAGCUUGCUCACAGCAAAGGUUCUGAUCAGGCUGGCUGCGGAGUUGUUGGGAGAAGGAACUAUUUCCAGCCCUUCCUCGCCUCCGAUUACUGAGUCCAUUGUUCUUGAUAGUUGGCCAAGGACGCCUCUGAAGACAACUUCAAGCAUAAGAAAACGCAUUGAAAAUAAAGGUGAAAAACUCAUAGACGUAGAUGAGCCAGAUUGCAGUGAUUCCAAGAGCUUCUCCUCAUCGACGUCGGUGAUGUCAAUUUUUAAUAGACCGCCGAUUAGGAAGGAUAAAUCAACGCCAAAACAAGCACCAGUGGAUUGGAGGACAGAGAGCGAAGUCUGUCGUAUUCGCUCCCUCUUUUCCGAACAACCUGCUGAUGGCGAAAACGGUACUCUCAAAAGCCAGCUGCUAUCUCUGGAUUCCAAUUCACCUUUCCGAAAACUUCGAGAGAAGGCCGUGAGUCAACGGAAGAGACAAAAUUCAAGACUAAUUCCUCCAUUUUCCGAUGAUUUUUGGGAUUCUUACGGAAACAAACUUCGAGUUUUUGGGACACUGGAAGAAAUAUGUGACUUGAAUUAA